GCAAUGAGCGCCACAACACGUACUGGAUUGGUUCCCACGCCCAAGAGGCACGUCAAGUAUCUCAAAAAGCGCAAAAAUCAGCAUGGCGAUGCUUCGCGAUUGCCGCUCAAGUUCGAGGCCACGCCCAUGCCGCUUUCGUUACGCCCCUUUGGCGGACUCUUUAAUCCCUUUGCCAAGGGAUGCUCGGUGCUGUGCAAUCAUCCGGCUCCAUCUGGGGUUAAGGAUGUGAUCAAUCAGCUGAAGACAUCGCUGGCGAUUGAGGGCAAAAGUCAGCAGAAGCAGGAGAAGAUUCCCGAGGAGCCGGAACUGCAGCCACAUGAGGCGGACAAUAUUCCGGAGGAUCUCUUCCGCCGAUAUGCGGAAACGGAUUCGCGUCCCAUGACGCCAACUCCCACGGUAACCAGUAUCCAUACCAGAACCAGUGCUGGCUCCUUUUACCGCCGAUGCAUAACGCCCGAAUGGGGAAAACAUGAGAACAUUAAGCGGAAGAAAAUCAUAUUGGAUCUCAGGCGAACCCACUCCCAGGAGACGCUCUACUGGAAGCCCAGUUCGGAGCUGACCCAAAGCGGUUUGGAGGACGACAAGAAGCCCAAGAGUGCGGGGGCCAACGAGGACAAGAAGCCGAAGAGGCAGCCGUCCAAUGAACAGAGACCGAAGUCCUCGCUGGCCACUGCAAACCUGACUCCAGGAGGAGAUGCCACCAAUGAACUGGAGGCCAAGCCCAAGACCUGCAUCAAUGAGCACGAACUCAGCGACGAAGAUGUUCGCAGGGGCAAAAAGCGCAAGAAAUUGAAGCCAGCUCAAGCCACCACCACCUUCCAUCUGAGUGAGGAUCCGGAGACUCAGGUGGCUGCUCUGGGACCCGAUUCACUCAAUCCCAGUACCAGACCCAGUUUGAUACCCAACUCACUCACCCUACUGCCCAAGGAUAAGCGGGAAACCGAACGGGAACCGAUCCUCCUGAAGGGAAGUUUUCUCACCGACGAAGCCUUUCAGGCACUCAAAACCGAUCUCGAUGUGGAUCUAAUAGAAAACACCUUCGGGAGAUAUCUUAACCGAGCUCUUAGAGAAGCUAUUAAAUACAUGCCUCCUAAGCCCAAAACUGUACCGAAAGUCAACGAAGAGAAGGUUCCCCCAGAAACAACCUCCAAGAUGCCCAGGAAAUUCUCUAAAUCAGCAACGAGAUUUGAUGUACCCAUGGAUCUUUCUAUGCUUAAAAAUAUGACCCCCUGGGACUACUUUAGCAAGUGCGUCUGGGUUUCGCAACAGAGAAAACAGCUAUAUAAGCGAGUAUUCUUGAAAUAUCUAAGUCGAAUCGAGGAGCCGGAAAGUGAGUUGGCGACUAUGGGAAAUGGAAACGAUGAUCUGCCGGAAUAUAAAUACCGGGAACGAACCCUCGUCUGGCAGAGUCUUCCGCAAGCUCUAGAAGAUGUCCUGGAGUUCCACGGCACGGAGAAAAAUGUUCAAGGCACUCUCAGAAUGUUGGGGUACGAGUCCCAAGGAUCGGGUGACUUGGACUUUCGAGUCUGGUGCGGAAUCGUCUCCUUCGCCGAAAGAUUGGCGCUCGCUGAUGAGUCUGGAUCCGAGGAUUCGUGCGACGAGUUGGAAAAGGCUGACUUCAAUAGCAUGGAACAAAUAAUGCCCGACUUUGCGGUGCCGGAUAAGCUUAAGGAUAUUUUCAAUAUAAUUCGAAAAACUCAUAAAAAUAGGUAUUAA